CCGGGUAACACGCGACUUGCGGAAGGGCAUUUAGCACUCAAAAGUUCCAAGGACCCCGUCUAUGCGAGGGUCGCUUCGUAUCAUCCCUCGCCGUCUUAGAUGCUCAGUGUACGCUCGUCAUCGGGGGCUGGCCUACCGCCAAUGCGGGAAUACCUCCUGCCUUAAUCUUCGUCACGCUCAAGCACCACGGGGGGCGCGGUUGCCACAUUUACCUUGUAUUCGCCCUGUCAAUUGCGGUCUACCGGCUCGGUGAGGGGACAACUGAACCUAAAUCAAGUUCCUCUGGCAUGGAGAGGCGAGGGCUUCACCCACGCUCACAAGAAUUUUGACGUAACUCAACAUGCUUAUUAUUCGGCGUCCCUGGCGCCUCUGAUGAAUAUAAACCAAAGAGCUUGCGGGCUGUCGGGUGAUAAUCGCCGCCAUGGAUGCCUCGAAGACUUCCCUCUCCACAGCCGUAGUUCUGUGCCUCGGUGCCUGCGUUCUCGCGGUACAGAGGAUUCGAGCUCGGAAAGCACCCGCGGGAUUGCCCCUCCCGCCAGGUCCGAAGGGUUUACCCUGGCUCGGGAGUGUCCUCAGCAUAAACAUGGUAGAGCCAUGGCUGACGUACCAAGAGUGGGGAAAGCAAUACGGUGAUAUUGUCUACGCCAAGAUACUAGGUGGAGACUACGUCAUCAUCAAUAGCGAGACGGUCGCCCGUGAACUCUUGGACCAGCGAUCUGCUAUAUACUCUGAUCGACCGCACAUGCCAUCAGCUGAACUUUUGGGGGUACGCUACAUGACAUUGCUCAUGCCAUAUGGUGACGAAUGGAGACUCCACCGAAAAAUGUACCAGUUGGCGUUGAACAAGGAACAAUCCAGGAAAUAUGCGCCGAUGCAAUUGCGUAGGGCGCACGAACUUUUGGUGCGCCUGGUCACGACGCCGCAGGGUUAUAGAGGACACCUUGAAACGUUAGCGUCCGCGAUAAUCAUGGAUAUUGGUUAUGGUUACGCUGUAGCUCCUCGGAACGAUCCUUUCGUAGCAAAGGUCACUCGGCUGCUCAACCUGGUUGUAGAGGUGAUGACCCCAGAGCGAACUGCGCUGUUAAGCAGUUUCCCGUUUCUGGCUCAUAUUCCGCCGUGGAUGCCUGGGGGUGGUUGGAAAAGACGGGCAAGAGAGUGCCAAGGACUAGUCAGAAACGUACUGGACGAUCCAGUUCAAUACGUGCGAGACAGAAUGGCGGCUGGUACUGCGAGGACUUCCAUAGUGCAAGAUAUGUACGAAAUGGGGGACGAUAGUUUUGAUGUCACUUUCGGUAAAGAAACGAUCAUCAAACACGUGGCUGGCACCCUGUUUCUAACUGGAGUAGAAUCCAUGUACUCGAUAGCCCUGAUGUUUCUGCUAGCAAUGGUGCUAUACCCAGACGUACAGAAGAAAGCACAAGAAGAAAUUGACCGUGUCGUGGGCGCCGACCGCCUUCCUGACUUUGACGACCGACCUAAACUUCCUUACGUAGAGGCAGUCAUGUUAGAGACCAUGCGAUGGCGGCCUGUUGUUCCGCUCGGGCUUCCGCAUAUGACAACGACAGACGAUGUGUACAAGGGAAUGUACAUCCCGAAAGGAGCCACUGUAAUUCCUAAUGUCUGGACCAUGACUCAUGAUGAAGGGCGUUUUCUCGAAGCAAAUAGUUUCAACCCGGAUCGGUACCUUCCUCCAGCUGGGAAACUCGUGGAUGUGACCGCAUGUCCUGCAUUCGGUUUUGGCCGCCGUACUUGUGCUGGGAGACAUCUUGCUGAGCAGAGUCUCUGGGCAACGAUUGUGUCGAUGCUAGCGACCUUGCAGGUUGGGAAACCCAAGGACGCAUGUGGGAAUGACAUCGAGGUUCAUCCCGAAUUUAAGACUGGGGCUGGCGUUUGUCCGAAGCCGUUUCCAUGUUCUAUAGAAGUGCGAUCUAUAAGGGCCGCACAGCUGAUUCGCGCGAGUACCGAUUGGGACGGUGGCGAUGGUGACGUGUGAACCAAGAAAACGUACACUGCGCCGCAGCUAGUGCGCGGAGGUUAGCACAUGCCUUUGGGCUUGUUUUGCGUUGCAUUCGUGCAUUCUAGUACUAUUUUGUACAACCUGUCAUGAGUAGUUAGCCAACUGCAUCCUUGUUAACAUAUGAAUGGGAG